AUGAUUAAACUUGCCCGCGAGUCGUCAACAUCCAUCUGCUUGCCUCCUCCAUCAUUCUGUCUGGACGGGAAGCCAUCCACAUGCGUCGUUGUCAGCCCCGACGGACAGACGGAAACGCAAAUCGAGCCGAUGGAAGAAGAAAGAUGCAAUGUUCGCCACGGCUACAACGUCAACAUAAACGGCCUCUACGAAAACUGCGCUCGAUCUGGCUCAUUUUCCCAGAAACAAGGGUGUUCUUUGCUCCUGGAAGCCCAAUCAUGUGCCGAUUUCCUCAAGACAACACCUGGGUCCUCCAAAAGCACCCCAGUGGAAUUCUCCGGGCGAAUUAUCGGCGGAGAGCACGCUGUUAAAAAUUCUUGGCCUUGGCAAACCUACAUCGUCUCUUGCCAACAGGAUGGCUGCAUGACUUGCGGAGGGACACUGAUUUCGCCGUACUGGGUUCUGACUGCUGGCCAUUGUGUUCCGACUGGAUAUGGGGCGCAAGGAUAUGCUCUUUUUGGCGCGCAUAAGAUUUCGGAGAAGAAAGAGCAUAUUGACUCGAUUGAUAUUCGGGAGUUCGUGAUUCAUCCAUCUUACGAGAGACGAAUCCUAAAACACGAUAUCGCUCUUGCCCGUCUUGUCAAGCCAGCACCAAUGGGAGAUCUUUCCGAAGUUCGACCAAUCUGUCUACCAGACAGCUCAAUUUGCCUACCGGAAGCGCAGGAAAGUAUUGAAUAUUUCAUGACUCUAGAAUGGAAAGACCGAAUUUGGGUUUCUCAAAAACCUCAAAAUAAAUGA